GCAGCACCGUGUGUUCGGUGGCAACAUGUCCGUCACGUCGUUGUUAGGUCGUGUUUUUGCAAGAGAAAUUGCAGAAAUUUGUUGCAAAACAACAGUGGUGUGUCAAGUGCAGCCGAAAAGAAAUCGAUGGAAUCUCGUGAAAGUCCCUGAGCCCGGAGUUGAUGGUAAAAGUUUUCGGAGAAUCGUUCAUUUCAAAGACGAAUACACUGUCGAACCUUUAAAGGUUACGAACUUAGCAGGCAGAGAUCCUGUUACAGGAAGAAUAGUAGCAAAAGGUAUCGGCGGAGGUAUCAAGCACAAAUACCAUUGGAUCAAAUGGGUCAGAGAUGGACCAAGCGACCUGAAAGAACCACCAAGGGAAGAUAAAGUUCUGGAGAUUUUCAAGGACGGAUGUAGAACAUCUUUCGUUGCUUUGGUCGGAAGUGGACGCGAGUUAUACUACAUUCUUGCCACGCAGAAUAUGAAACCUGGCGAUAUACUCCGUACUCAUCGAGCUAUUCCCGAAAACCCUGUUAGACCUAAAGAAGGAGACGCUUAUCCGUUGGGAGCCCUCCCAAAAGGUACCACAGUUUGUUGCGUAGAAAAAUAUCCAGGCCUUGGAGGUUCUCUUAUCCACGCUGCUGGAGCAUACGGCACGGUAAUGAAACGCGAUGGUGACGACCGAGUGGUGAUAAAAAUGCCGAGCAAGAAGGAAUUUAGUUUACACGAGACGUGUAUGGCGACGGUUGGUAGAUUAUCGAACGAGAAACAUAGUUCGAUACCCAUUGGUAGCGCACAGAGAAACAGGGAACUUGGUAAUCGACCGAGAAGCGGUCUCUGGAAAAGGAAGACUGGUCGAUACGGUCGAAAACUUCGAAAUCUACCACCAGUUCGAAGGUUUGAUCCGCAUACCGGAGAAGAAAUAAGAGGAAAACUUGAAUUAAACUUAAAAACAUUGAACGAAUAAGAGCUGAGCGUAUAAAUCUGUAUUCAAUAAAUGGUUACGUAUUGUACUAUU